CGCGGUGUGAAGCGCCAUGGAGCAGCAGCAGCGCGGUUAGCGGGGUUUAGCGCUCCGGACUGGGGGACCGAGGAGGCGCGGAGUCGCAGCUCUUUCUCUCGGGCUUCCGCUGCUGGAUACCGACAUAUUGAGCAGAAAUAAUUUGGUGUCCCGCUCCUCUCCCAAGAACACAAUGUCCCAGGGCCAGAACUUCCUGCCCAAGUUCCUGUUUGUCAGCAACCUUCUAAAGGCUGUAAAGAUACGCGAACGUGUCCCCAACGAUGUCGUGAAGCCCUCCUCCAGCGGCGGCCUGCUCCAUCACCUGCGGGGCAUGCACCGCUACACUCUGGAGAUGAUCCGCAUGAGCCAGUUCCCGCAGGCCUUCUGCGAAGUCAUCCAGGCAGCCAUCUUGGACCGGGCCAUGCAGAUCUCCCUGGAGCAGGAGAAGAGGCUCAACUGGUGCCGAGAGGUCAAGAAGCUGGUGCCGCUCCGGACGAACGGUGAUGGGAAUUGUCUGCUUCAUGCUGCCUCGCAGUACAUGUUAGGAGUACAGGACACGGACCUCGUCCUGCGAAAAGCCCUUUACGCCGUGCUCAAAGAGACUGACACCAGUAAUUUUAGAGCACGCUUUCAAACUGAGCUCCUUCACUCCCAGGAGUUCACCCAGACUGGCCUGCGCUACAGUACCAAGAACUGGGAAGAGGAGUGGGAGAAGAUAGUUGAAAUGGCAUCUCCUGUAUCCAGCAGUAAUGGCCUACAGUUUGACUCCCUGGAAGAUAUUCACAUCUUUGUGCUAUCGAAUAUCCUGCGCAGACCAAUUAUUGUCAUUGCAGAUCAAGUGCUGAGGAGUAUGAAGUCUGGUUCCUCCUUUUCACCGCUCAAUGUGGGUGGCAUAUACCUUCCUCUUCAUUGGCCCCCAGAAGAGUGCUACAAGUAUCCUAUAGUCCUCGGCUACGACUCCCAACACUUUGCCCCCCUCAUAACUGUCAAAGACAGUGGUCCAGAGUUUCGAGCAGUUCCUCUGAUAAAUCCUGGCCGGGUGGGCUUUGAGGAACUGCGUAUACACUUCCUUACUGAGAAGGAACAGCAACAGAAGGAGCGGCUGUUAAACGACUACCUGAUGAUCAUGGAGAUCCCCGUCAUUGGCCUGGGCUAUGAUCCCACACAGAUGAUCAGAGCAGCUCGGCUUGAUGAGGGAAACCUGCCUGAGGACAUGAACCUUAUGGAGGACUACCUGCAGCUGGUCACCCACGAGUACAAGCGCUGGCAGGAAGACAAGAAGUCUUUGUGGGCUCCCCAGUCACAGCGUCCUCCUCUGUUCUCUGUUUCUCAGCUGUCCCUUAUCGAGAUCCGCUGCGCCACACCUCGCUGCACCUUCUACGUUUCUGUGGACACGCAGCCACACUGCCACGAAUGCUUUGAGAAGCGUCAGGCUGGCCGGAAGCUGGAGGCUGUGGCUAACCAUGCCAAUUCCUCUUCGGACACAGAGGGCUGCGGUAGGUCGGCCACUACGGAGCGCUCUGUGAUCCCCAGCCCUCGCUCAGCACCACCUCCCACCGCCCCCAGUCUGAGCCUGUACAGUGAAACACACGCCAUGAAGUGCAAAACAACCGGCUGUCUGUUCACACUUAGCGUGGAGCACGAUGGCCUGUGCGAGCGCUGCUUUGCUGCUCGCCAAAGCAGGCUGGCCGGAAACGGGCCACCCCAAGGACCCUCCCAUCACGGCUGGGGACAGGGUUGGGUGCUUGGUGGCCGGGAGCGAGAGAAGGAGCGAGAGCGUGAGAGAGAGAGGGACAGCGAGCACUGCAGUGCGUGUCGACAGGAGGCCACACGGACAUUCAACGGACUCUGCCCGUCCUGCAUGCAGAGAACGGUGGUUUCAGAGCGGAGUGACACUCAGCAGCUGGAGCCAAGGAUGGAAGGCUCAGUGUGGACGCCGCUAAGGGAUCCAGAGCGCACGGGCACUGGUGGCCACGGUUGGCAGACCCAGACAGCGCGGCAGUGCAAGCGCUCAGGCUGCCAGUUCUUUGGGACGCCCGAGAAGCUGGGAUUCUGCACUAUAUGUUACGUGGACUUUCAGACCAAUCACCAAGCAGCCUCUGUGGUGGUGCCACCUAGACAUACUUCGGAGGCAGGCUUUCAGAACCUCCGGUGUCGGGGCCAGGGGUGUGGUGCAGUGGGCAAGGCCAUGCUGGAGGGCUACUGCAACAAGUGUUAUGUGAAGGAGCAGAGUGCCAGACUUACCCAGGCUGCUAGCAGAGGCUCCAGUUCCCCUCCUCUAGUCAUGCGAGCUUCAAAACCACGUCCACCGGCGACACUUAACCAGGCCCAGUGUCGGCGAAGCGGCUGUAAGAACCUGUCGCCCGGCUGUACUGACCUGUGCCCGGACUGUCUGAGCCGCGGACAGCGCGAGGGCAGGCGUGCGCAGGCGCCCAAAGAGAAGAGCAAACAGCGCUGCAGGACGCAGGGCUGCGACCACUACGCCAACCAGGAGAAGCAAGGCUACUGUAAUGAGUGCGACCACUUUAAGCAGAUCUACCGAGGCUGACCGAAACCAGCUUUCAGUCUAAAACAAAAGGGACUAGAACCUUGCACACUGACGGGCAAAAAAAGGAAUCCUUUGGCUAACCUGCCCAUCUGCUUUGGGCAGUGCUAAAGAACCUGCCGGUGCUGUAGAACUGGUGAUUACCUCUCAAGCUAAGUUUUGAUCAUUUUUGUAUCGUGUGUAUUGGACCCAGGUUGGGGGUGUUGACGUAACAAAAACUGAUGAUACACUGGCAUCCAGUCGCAUACAUCUGUGGUAUCUCUGAUUUAUAUCGAACAGGGUAAUAGAUUGUAAACAAUUUUUACAUUGCCAACAAAAUUGGGGGAAGCGACUUAAAAGGAUUUUUUUUUCUUUUUUCCUGAUUGUGAGCUGACAACAGUGCAGUUUGACCAAAGUUACCUAAAGAAUGAUUAUGACCAAGCCAAUGUACAUCACCACUGUGGACUACGGUAAGCCAGUGGGGCCUGUAGAAAAUACAGGAGCAAGAGCUACAGGGUUUCAAAGUUCGCCGAAAGACAGCAUUUGAUAAUUUAUUUGAUACUUCUUAGGUUAAGUGCCAAUGAGAGUUUUGCAAAGCAGUGCUCCAGUUUUAUUUCCUGCUGUACCAUUUGAUGUCUGCUGGCAGUACGGACCUGUUGCCUUUUGAGAUUGAUAUAUAUUUUUUUCGUAUUACUUUUUUUUUUCUUUAGUUUUCGUCAUUGCUGGACGUCUUUGUGUGUGUCCUGCUUGAUCUUGAAAUGAUUAUACACCUGAUUUUGCCUUGCUAGACUUUGUUCAGUAUCUUUUUACUGGCUAUGGCACUGGAAUAUGUUGGAUAUGUUCUAACAUUUUUGCGUAGCUUAAGAUGAAAGAAUUUCCGAAGUGCAAUAACGCUGGUUUUCCACCUCACCUCCUUAAUCGAGAGCAUGUGACCACUCACACGUGAAGCAGUCAAAAUAACACUGAUGGGAAAUGCCACACCAAAAAAAAAAUAAAAGUGCAACAGAAGAGAAAUCCCAGUUAGGAUUAACGUUAAGUUUAGAAAAAGGAAAUAAAAAAAGAACAGUGAUCCAAAUGUAAACACACCUGUGUGUUGUGCACACCCUCUCUUAAAUCUGUGAAUAUCCGUCUGCUUUUUUUUUCUCUCUCUCUCUCUAUUUUUGCAAGGGAUCUUCAUUCCCUUGGCUGUGCUUCUUUGCUACAUUCACACAAUGCCUCUAUUGCAUACAUUUGGUAUGCAAAACCGUCUCU